CGCGCAGGACUACAUCAAGUCUGGAAGUGGGAGGGAGGAGGCAGGACUUGGGAAGCAAAACAUGGCGAAAUAACAAGUUUGGCUGUUAGCUGCAGUUUUAACCUGCACCUCGUCCCCGCAGUGUUGGACUCGAAUUAUUCAUUUUUAUAAAACCCGGACGGUGGGAAACGAAGGCAACGUUAAAAAGUCGAAAGAGUCCGAGGCCCAAGCUGACAAGGCGAAACCCCGGUUAGUGCCCGUGUGCCUCCCGUGUUUCCCCCGGAAGGUUGGCGGUGCUAGGCGCGACUGACUGACAACACAGAAAAUGGAUGAAGAAGGAAAGUUUAUUCUGGGGAAAGAUUGUUUUAGUCUGCUAGCUUAGCAGCGUUAGCUCCAGCCAGUCGACGGCGCAAAUCGAACGUACGCACCUGACUCGUGCGGUAUUUGGGUUUGUCGCGCGCUCCGAUUGAAAUAAAAAAAAAAGGAGCAUUCAAGUCAAGUAGUUCUUAACAAGUUUGACAACUGCAGCCGCAACGAGGUUGUUGUUAAAACGCGUGUCUGGUUUUUCGCACCUUUCCCUGAGUGAUACAGUAGGAGGACAUCUUUUUUCUGACUCAUAAUAAUAAUGACAGUCUGACAGUCGGUUCUGGUGCGGACGGACCCGGACGCCAUCGUCACAUCAGACGUUGCGUUCUCCUUAAAAAUAAAACGACCACUGCGUUACCGAGCCCUUCAUGUCGUGCUGGACUUUGUCGUCGUAUUAUUCCAGAGCCAAGCCAAACCUAAGUGCUAGAGUUUAUUUCCUUUUUUAUUAACGUUGUACGCAUUUUUUGUCCCUUCUGAAAUACAACGUUAUCUGGGAUGCUGGAGAGCAGCGGAGACGUCUCGUCGAAAUGAACGCAGCAAGGUGUCCAACAACAACAUUAGUGGAGGUGCAUUGCAUUGAACGCCUGCCAAUUGUUGGAAUUUUACCGAUGCUCACGGUGACGUUAACACUCUGUGGCAAACCUUCCGUUCGUUUAGUUUAAUGUGCUUCGUUUUGCUGAUACUGUGCCCCUGGGUUUGUGUUUGCGGAGAACAUCGCAGCUCUCGGCCAGAGUUGACGUGAUCUCGCUCGCUGGGUGCGUCUGUGCCAGCUCCAUCAUCUGCGAUGUGUUUGCUAAUCUAGCACCCACCGUGUUGUUCCGCUACACUUCCAGCAUAACUGGCUUUUCUGUGAACAAGAUAAGCCCCGUCAAGCUCGCCUUGUUUCCCCAGCUACUUCUUAUUUAAUAUCUGGCCAACUUGUGAGCCAACGUCAUAAGUUUCGCCAGCUAUGUCUGAAAACGCCCCCACACGAAGCCUGGACGACAUAGACCUCGCAGCUCUGAGGGAUCCAGCAGGGAUCUUUGAGCUGGUUGAGGUCGUCGGAAAUGGGACAUAUGGACAAGUGUACAAGGGCCGUCACGUGAAGACGGGUCAGCUGGCCGCCAUCAAGGUGAUGGAUGUCACAGAAGAGGAGGAAGAGGAGAUCAAAGCAGAAAUUAACAUGCUGAAAAAAUACAGCCACCACCGCAACAUAGCCACAUACUACGGUGCCUUUGUCAAGAAGAGUCCACCAGGACAUGAUGACCAGCUCUGGCUGGUGAUGGAGUUUUGUGGAGCGGGCUCAGUGACCGACCUGGUCAAAAACACGAAAGGCAGCUCUCUGAAGGAGGACUGGAUCGCUUACAUCUGCAGAGAAAUCCUGCGGGGCCUUUCUCACCUCCACGCUCACAAAGUCAUCCACCGAGACAUCAAGGGCCAGAAUGUCCUUCUAACAGAGAAUGCAGAGGUCAAACUCGUUGAUUUUGGGGUGAGUGCUCAGUUGGACAGGACUGUUGGUCGCAGGAACACCUUCAUCGGCACACCGUACUGGAUGGCACCUGAGGUCAUCGCCUGUGAUGAGAACCCUGACUCCACCUAUGACUACAGGAGCGAUAUCUGGUCCUUGGGGAUCACUGCUAUUGAGAUGGCAGAAGGAGCACCUCCCUUAUGUGACAUGCACCCAAUGAGAGCCCUCUUCCUGAUCCCCAGGAAUCCUCCUCCAAAACUUAAAUCCAAAAAAUGGUCCAAGAAAUUCAUUGACUUUAUAGAGGGCUGCCUUGUGAAGACGUAUCCCAGCCGGCCAUCCACAGAGCAGCUGCUCAAGCACUCUUUCAUCAGAGACCAGCCCACUGAGCGACAGGUCCGAAUUCAGCUCAAAGACCACAUUGAUCGCACGCGCAAGAAAAGGGGUGAGAAAGAAGAGACGGAGUACGAGUACAGUGGUAGUGAUGAAGAGGAUGAAAAUCGUGGAGAUGACCGAGAGUCAAGUUCGAUCCUCAACGUGCCGGGUGAGUCGACCCUCAGGCGGGACUUCCAGCGCCUGCAGCAGGAAAACAAAGAGCGCUCGGAGGCUCACAAGAGACAACAGGCCCAACUGGCUGCUCAGCGCCGCGACCCUGAGGAACACAAGAGGCAGCUGUUGCAUGACAGACAGAAACGCAUCGAGGAGCAGAAGGAGCAGCGCCGCCGACUCGAAGAGCAACAGCGAAAAGAGCGAGAGAUGGUGAGGCAGCAAGAAAAGGGUCCCCACCGGAGACUCGACGAUAUGAGACGGGAGGAAGAUAGAAGGUUGGCUGAGAGGGAGCAGGAGUUUAUCAGACACAAGUUAGAGGAAGAGCAGCGGCAGUUAGAAAUCCUUCAGCAGCAGUUGCUUCAGGAGCAGGCUCUGCUCAUGGAGUAUAAGCGCAAGCAGCUGGAGGAGCAGCGUCAGUCAGAGCGGCUACAGAGGCAACUGCAGCAGGAGCAUGCUUACCUGGUUUCUCUGCAACAACAGCAGCAGGAAAAGAAGCCCCAGCUCUACCAUUACAACAAAAACCUGGAGUCAAACAACAAACCUACAUGGGCCCGUGAGGUGGAGGAGAGAAGUAAGCUCAACAGACAGGGCUCUCCGAAAAUCUGCACCACUGUCUCCGACACUGCCAUCCAGUCACGCUCGGACUCGAUCAGUCAGUCAGGAGUGGUCCAGUCUGCUCAGACGCCACCAAUGCAGAGGCCCGUCGAACCUCAAGGAGGGCAGAGCAAGUUCCAGAUGGCUCACUUGGUUCCUCUGAAGCCUUACGCUGCUCCCGUGCCUCGCUCCCAGUCUCUCUGUGACCAGCCCACUAAGACCAUGUCCGCCUUCCCCACCCAGGAUCCCUCCCUCACUCCCGCCCCCCGUCCCAUCCACUCUAGAGAGCUGGUGCGUCAAAACUCAGACCCCACUUCUGAAACCCCGGGACCACAGGUGCAUCAAAUCCGAGAGGAUCGUGGGCCCUGGAUCCGCUUGCCCGAUGUCGAGCUCCCACCUAAGAUUCCUCAGAGGACAGCAUCUAUCGCCACGGCUCUCAACACCAACCUCACAUCUGGCAUAAGGCAUCCAGUGAGAGCCAGCAAUCCAGAUCUCAGCCGCAAUGAUCGCUGGGAAAGAGGAGACAGUAUGAGCAUCAUUUCCAAUCUUCCCCAGACGGGCUCUCUAGAGAGGCAUCGCAUCCUCAGUUCCUCCAAAAUGGAGUCGCCCAUUCUCUCUCACGAUAGUCGCCAUAAGCCAGGAGAGUCCCGCACUUCUUCACGCCCUGGGCGUCCUGCUAGUUACAAGAGAGCUAUAGGGGAGGAUCAUGGCCUUUUUGCCAAAGAGCGCGCCGAGGAGCAGCCAAGGCCGCCAGUGAAGGCCAACGAUUACUCCUCGUCCUCCGAGAGCAGCGAGAGUAGCGAGGAGAGUGAGAGCGGCGAGGGAGCAGAGGAGGAAGAAAGCCCCACAGACCGUCACAGGGAUGCAGACACCGACUCCGUCAACACAAUGGUGGUUCAUGAAGAUGAAGGCGAGGCAGGAGAAGGAGAGCAAGCUGGAGGCUAUGGGGAUCAGACCAUGCUGGUGCAGAGGACCCCGGAGAAGCGGAGCCAUAAUGGAUACACUAACUUGCCUGAUGUGGUGCAGCCCUCCCACUCCCCCACUGACUCAGCCACUCACUCCUCCCCUGGGAAGGACUCUGUUUAUGAUUAUCAGUCCAGAGGUUUGGUUAAAGCAUCUGGAAAGUCCUCCUUCACCACCUUUGUGGAUCUGGGCAUGUACCAUUCACCAGGAGUUACAGGGGACAACAUGUCUGUCACCGGCUCCAGGUUUGAGCAGCUGAAGAUGGAGGUGAGAAAAGGAUCCAUGGUGAAUGUCAAUCCCACCAACACACGCCCGCCGAACGACACGCCAGAGAUCCGCAAGUACAAGAAGAGAUUCAACUCUGAGAUCCUUUGUGCUGCACUUUGGGGUGUGAAUCUACUGGUGGGCACCGAGAACGGUUUGAAGCUGCUGGACCGCAGUGGUCAGGGCAAAGUUUACCCCCUCAUCAACUCCCGCAGGUUCCAACAGAUGGACGUCCUGGAGGGCCUCAACCUGCUCAUCACUAUAUCAGGCAAGAAAAACAAGGUGCGAGUCUACUACCUGGCCUGGCUGAGGAAUAAGAUCCUCCACAAUGACCCUGAGGUGGAGAAAAAGCAGGGCUGGACCACAGUGGGGGAGAUGGAGGGCUGUGUGCACUACAAAGUGGUGAAAUAUGAGAGGAUAAAGUUCCUGGUGAUUGCUUUGAAGAAUGCGGUGGAGGUAUACGCUUGGGCUCCCAAACCCUAUCACAAAUUUAUGGCCUUCAAGUCAUUUGCAGACCUGCCCCACAGGCCAGUCCUGGUGGACUUAACAGUGGAGGAGGGCCAAAGGUUGAAGGUCAUCUACGGCUCUUGUGCCGGUUUCCAUGCCAUUGACGUUGACUCUGGAAACAACUACGACAUUUACAUCCCUGUGCACAUCCAGAGCCAAGUGACACCGCACGCAAUAGUGUUCCUGCCCAGCUCAGAUGGCAUGGAGAUGCUGCUGUGCUACGAGGAUGAGGGCGUCUAUGUCAACACCUACGGACGCAUCAUAAAGGAUGUCGUCCUGCAGUGGGGCGAGAUGCCCACAUCUGUUGCUCAUAUCUGCUCAAAUCAGAUUAUGGGCUGGGGAGAAAAGGCCAUAGAGAUCCGUUCUGUGGAGACGGGCCACCUGGACGGUGUCUUCAUGCACAAAAGAGCUCAGAGGUUGAAGUUCCUCUGUGAGAGAAAUGACAAGGUGUUCUUCGCGUCAGUGCGGUCUGGAGGCAGCAGCCAGGUCUACUUCAUGACCUUGAACAGAAACUGCAUCAUGAACUGGUGAAGGAUCGGCUGCUCUGGUCAGUGUGUUUAGAAACCAGCGGGGUUUGAAGGAAACGAGUGCAUCCGAAAAUUCACACACACGCAAACACCUCUCUCGCUUUCUCUCCAGCUCACUCUCACACACACACGCAGUCAACACACUCGCACAAAUAAACACCAGUAAUAUCUCAGUCCAUUCCACUCCGAAGCUGAGGCCAAUACGAUCACAUUCUCCAUGGAAUCAUCAUGAAAAAUCACUGACCCUCACAUGUUGAUACCAUCUGUUGAUUUGUACUGUAUAUAUUCUCGUCUGGAUUUACUUUACUUGGUGGACUCGUGUUUAGUCGUAACUAUUUAGUUCCUUAUUGUGAAGUACGUUAAAAAAAACACACAAAAACCCCACAUUCCUUGAUGGUUCUACAGUAGGUUUUGAGGAAGGCAUUAUUUACCAAUACUGUAUGUUGAAACGAAGCUGUAAAUAGUUGAAUCAUUUACAGGCCUCUUAUACGGCCUCUCCAUUAAGUGUGUUUUGCCACUGGACACAUGGUGGAAAAAAAAACUAAAUGCUGGAACACCCUCGCUGUAGUGGCAUGUGCACCCCCCCCUCCUCAGUUGUGUUGGGGGUGUUUUCACAAUUACAGAAAGGCUUAAAGGAAGGAAAAAUAAUAUUAGAAUGUGACAUGGUUAUCAAGGAGUGUUGUUAAUCUGAAGACUUAUUCGCUCUAACUUCUAUUUUCUUCUUCAAAGUCUUUAAUGCCUCAAAAGCAAAAAUAUAUUUCAGUUUAAAAACCAAAAUAAUCAAAGUGAUCACUUUCAAAUCUCCCACUUCUUUUCUGUUUUAGCUCAGAUUAACUGACUCAACUGGCUUGUAUCUAGACUUUGAGUUUGUAGAAACCUUUGAUAUUUAUACUGUAUGUAGUGAUUGUAUUGGUAUUAGCCUACUGGUAUUCUUCAUUUUACUGUAAUUAUAUUGCCAUUAUAUUGCAAUAUACUCUAUUCUCGUGUAGUCUUUGAAAGAGGAGAGUCGCUGCGUUUUGGCUGGUGUUGUUCGCCGACCGCGUCACAGGAGACGGUGAAAGGAGGGCGUCACUGAGGUUCCAGUGAUGAAGGGAGAUCAUUUUCAGGGUCCUGUCACCCUUCUACCACAGCAGCGGUCUAUCUACUGUAUUAUAUUUCACUUUCCACACUAGUUUUUCUGUCGGUGUGGAUCUUCUUUUUUUUCAUCCGGGGCGAUUGCAGUGAAACGGCUCUAAGUGUGGCACAGUUCCUUUCUUUUUGUCUCGGGUAAGAGGGAGGAUUUAAUCGUGAGGGGACUUCACGGGUCUCAUCAAGCACUUUGUAAGAACACAGCUGGAACAUGUGAUGAUGCUUUAUUAUAUUUAAUUUCGCGACUUUAUGCCAAACGUUCGCGGCAUAUGAACUGAGGCCAAAGGCAAUAGAGUUUAAUCGAGUUAAAUAGAUUUGGAGACAAACUAUUCCGACAGUUCACUAACAGUUUUCCUUUCCAACUGGCUUUUCACUAAUGUGAUAGUGUCAUGUUUUGGUGGCUGCUUGGUUUCUCCUGUAGAUCUUUACUCUUAAUUAUUUGUGGGAAUAAGCUUUUAGUCUAAGCAGCAGCAGCAGCAGCAGCAGCACAAAUGCUCCUCAUACACCAGGUACACGUAUGUAAGAGGCAGUGUGAUCUCUCGUCUGUCUAGUGACUGACGCGGUUGCAUUUUGGUCACUGCAUGUUGGUCGGUAUGCAUCGCAACAGCAUGGAGGUUUUUUCUUUGGGGGGUGGGGGGUGGGGGGGGUGAUUCUGCUUCGCUUGAUGCUGACACGUUAAAGCUGAAGGAUGAUUUUUGUAAGACUGCCAGUACGAAAAAGCUUUUGGAUGUUACGAAAAAGGAACGUUGGAUAGUGAAGAACGGAAUAGUCUGCUCAACAAAAACUAAAGAUGAUAUAUAUUAUGUGUGUUCAGGGUAAAGAGCAUCUCAUCAAAGAUCACAUAAAUAGAUUUAAUAGAUUUUAUUAAGUGAAAGCGCAUGGAGAGCACUUUGGCUUCAGAAAGCAUACGUUUAUCUUUAAUUAUAUCAUGAUCAGAUACUUAGGUGUGCAUGUGCGUCAUGGAAAUUAUAGUAUAUAGCACUGUAUCAAAGUUGUUUUCCUCUUACAGUGAAAGUUUUUAUUCUUUAACAUGCCACUGUGCCACGAUGACUUGCAUUUCCAAACGUUGCAAUUCGCUCUGGCACUCGUUCUUUUUUAUGGUCGAAACAUUAUUACUAUUUCUUCUGCCAUGUUUACAGUUUAAGCAGUGCCUUGGAGUUGGGAAGGCGUUAAGUUUUACCCCCCCCCCACGUGUGUCAUAGUUGAAAUCAAAUAAAGAAGAGGUGCAACGGUUUCUGCUGCCUGUCCUGUGCCAGUGAAGUGCACUUAAUUUCAAUCUGAAAAAGGAAUCCCUUAGAGGGACGUGAACUGCUUUUGUGACACCACAUCCAACCUUAAAAUAUCAAUCAGUUCAGAGAGUUGCAAUAACAAAUAAUAAUAAUAAUAAUAAUAAUUUAAAAAGAAAAAAAAAAUACAUGUCCAAUCAAUCAAGUGUAACAUGUAUAGGAUCCACUCAGAGUGGGAGCCAGUAUAUAGAGAAAAGCCAUACGUAUGAAACAGGUGUGUAGGUGAUGACUUAGUACUUGUACACAGAUCCAAUUUAGACUGUGUGUGAUGUCUGUUCAGAAAGUGCUUAUUAUAUUCUUUAGUCAUGCUGAUUGUUUAAUCUCGUAGUGGGGAAAGUAGCUUGAUUCUAAGUCUAUUUUAUAAGAUAUGUAAAUUAGUCUAUAUUGAGAAAUAAAAAUUGAAAAAAACGUGAAUGUACAUCUAUAAGACAGAUUUGUAUUUAUAUAAAAAUGCGUGCCGCUCCAUUAAUCAAAGCACAAUGUGUUUAAAGUAGAGAGAGAUUCUUUCUUUUCUUCCUCGGUCGCUCGGCAGUCGUCGAACUUGUCAGCGCGUGGUCGCUUCUAGUGCAGCGAGACCAGCUGUGUGUGUGUGUGUGUGUGAGCGUGUGUGCGUGUGUGGACAGUUACUCCAACUGUGACUCUGACACGAGUGGUGACUCACAGCUUGGCGCUCUGGACUCUCGGACCCGGGAGUAGAUUUGCCGGCGCGGGGUGGACAGGCUGUUGAUAAGCUCGGGUGACGACAUGGAUCAUCACAGAGUCGGUACAGAGGUGAAGGGCCACGCAGCCUUUGUGUUGUGAGGUUAUUGGUUCUUGGCUUUGAUCAACUACUGACGACAACUGACAAAAACCAGACGUUUCAUACAUUUUUGCCCUAAAACUCAAAAACAGAGCGAUCUUUGAUGCUGCCUGCAUCGCUGUGUUUAAAGUUCCAUUCCAAAAGCACACUCUGGCUGUUUUGUCAGCACAAGACGGCAGCCUCUUUAAAUCAAGGCCCUGGCCCAAAGUAACUCCAAAAGGCUUAGUCUGAGGCUACUAAAGACAAGUUAAUUAUUUAUUUUAAGAGCGAUUAUACACUUAGAAAUACAUACUUAUUAAUAUGAGUAGUAUAUUAACUUUCUACCAAUAUAUGCUCCUCAUUGUCACACACUGCACCUUAAAAAUCUAAAUUUCACUUUUUAAUGCUGGGAAAAAUAUAUAUAUUUUUUGGGGGGGAAUAAGGAAAAAGUGAAUCAUCCAAUAAAAUGCACAAGAGCUUCAAGCAGAAAUGAGGAAAAACUUAAUUCUAACUUCACAGUUGCCACCCUCUGUGUGUUUUUUUGUUAUCACAUUCAUCAGUCAUCAGUCCCAACCAGUUUAUCAGACUUUUCACAGCUGCUUCGGCAAACUUUUUUCUCCCCAAAUUCUCCUUUUUAACAGCCUCACUUCUGUUGCACAACAUAAAAAAAAAAACAUGUGCGUAAGUGCGUAAGUGCGUAAGCUUAGUGUCGCAUAUUUGACUCAUUGUAAAUCACUACAGAGUAAAGAGAGUUAUAUGAAUAAAUGUUAAAUAUUAGGUUGAUCAAUUUGAAGUUGGCUGACAACACCACAUUGUCAUACUUUUAUUUAAUCACCAUAUUCCUUUAGUUCUUUUGCUCAUUUUGAAAUCAACUAAAUUGUACCAAUCAUUAAAAUAAAUCUAAUCCCUUAAUUGCAACUAUUAUUCAUUCAAGAAGCACAUGAAAGGUGUUCUGGUGAGCCAUUUAAAUCUGGAAAAGCAAAGAUGAAUUAAGGGUUACAGGCGUCGGAACACGGUUGAAUGAAAUGGCCCAUGGUGGUCCGUGUCACUGUGGUGCGCAGGAAGCGAUUCUUCACUGGUGACUGAAUCUUGGCCGGUUUGUGUGUCUCUUCUCACAGAAAACGUUCCGUACUUUUGCGUCCGCCGGGAUCGCAGGAAACGACCGCUUCUCUCUUGACAGUUUUAAUAUAUACAAUCCUCCGUUUGAGAUGCUUGUUCUUGUUCUACUGUAGUGAAAUCCCAGAAACUGCCUUCCUGAAACUUGUAGAUGGAUGAUAGCUCAUGUUGUGUUGAGGCACUCCUCUCGCUCUCUCUCAUAGCUUCUAUUUCUAAUCAGUAACAUGUGAAGGUGAUGAGCGGGGCAGAUAUGAAACAGAUCUUUAGACACAACAACAAUAUCUCUUCUUGGGUUUUUUCAAUAACAUUUUUUUGUUAGUUUUUUUAGAGACGGUAAACAUGUUGUUUUAGUGUGUGCGCGCGUCUGUGUUACUCGUGAGUGGUUAACUCCUGAUUGUAUUUCAUAGACUGAUGAUAACCUUCAAAUUUUCAAAGGAUUAUGUUGAAUGAAUUCAUGUCUUAAUACAGAAUUGUUUGAAAAAUAAAAUCCCUUGAUCUCA